CCGAAUUGAGUCAUCUAGGUCCAUCGCAUUUUGUUCGUAUACGGGCAUGAAUGAUGUGAAGAAAUGUCUUUAGUAUGUGACUCAUAAGGCUAAUUUAAUUAAACGGUAGUCUCACUUUUUGGGGUGUUGUUUUUUCGGUAUGAUUAUAAACGUCGAUUUCAGCCAUUCUUCCGGGAUCUCGCCUGUGUUAUAAAUAUGAUUGAAUAAUCUCAGGAUUAUAUCUAUAUUAUCCUCGUCUAUGAGUUUAAUUAUCUCUAUCGGAAUUUCGUCAGUGCCUGUGGCCUUCCUGUUUUUAACUAUCGAGAUGGCGUGUAGUACUUCCGAUUUAAGUAUCUCGGGACCCUCCAGAUUUUCCUGAUUAAGUUCCAAAUUCGUUCUGGUGUCGUCGAAGAGCUUGGCUAUAGUAUAUGUGCCAUACGUUUACGGCUUCCCUUUCAUCUAGUACAAUCCUAUUUGCUUCGUCCCGUAUCGUCUAAGUUCUAAAAGGUUGUCUUGAAUGUUCUCUACUUGUCAUUACGUACUAUCGGCGCAACGGUUCUAACUUGUUGUCUUGAACAAACAAAACAACCUUUUAGAACUUAGACCCACCUUUUCAGUUGUGCUACUGACACUCUAGUCAUUUAGAAAUUUGUUACUCCAUUCUUUGGGGAGUUGUUUCAACAGUUUAUUUUCUCUUACUCUUGAAGCUUUUUUUAUUUCGUAUUUCGACUAGAAUGUUAUUGAUACUUCUUUAGUAUGGAAGGUAUGUCUGUACAAGAGAAAACCGAAAUGGUUUUGAUUUAUGGAGAAUGUGGCAGGAACAUCGAUGAUGCUGUCACCCUUUAUGCUCAGCGUUUUCCAGAUAGGGAGCGGUCGUGCGCUUCUUUUUUCCGUGUUGUCAAACAGUUUACUACCGAAGGAAGUGUGCAACCCAAAAAAAGGAAGCGUAGAGCAACUGUCACUGGAGAAAAUAAUGAAAUUGCAGUAUUAGCUGCGGUGGCUAAUAACCGCCAUGUGAGCACUCGAGAAAUAGCUCGCGAUUUAGCAUUGUCUCAGACUAGUGUUUGUAAAAUAUUAAAACGUCAUAAAUAUCAUCCUUACCAUGUGUCUAUGCAUCAAGAACUUCAUGGCGAUGAUUUCCAUAAUCGAGUGACGUUUUGUCAGUGGGCACUUGAACAGAAACGAAGAAACCCGGAUUUCUUUCGUCGGGUACUUUUCUUUGACGAGUCGGCUUUCACGAACCACGGUACGGUUAAUCGACACAACAUGCAUUAUUGGAGUGUGGAAAACCCACACUGGUUGCGCCAAGUUGAACAUCAGCGUCCUUGGUCUAUUAAACGUUUGGUGUGGAUUAAUUGGCGACAAACUCAUCGGCCCCUAUUUCAUUGAAGGCAAUUUGACCGGUGAAAAAUACUGCA